CCAAGGCCCCGGUGCAAGGAAGAAGUCCCAAGUGUCGUCCGCUCGACCCAUCCUCUCUCUUUUAAUCAGUAAUCUCUUCGUUGAUCGUCGACCCUGUCAUCAGCCCUAGCCCUGAGACACGCAAACCACCCAGCUCGACGAUUUCCAGAAAGAAGACAAACCCUCCCGACCCACGGCAAGCCGGACUUGCUGCGCAACCUUACAGUCUCGACGACAUAUUUACUUAUCCGAUAACUUAAUAACGCCAAGUGUUUCGAUAACGCUUUGUUGAAUACCAUCUUUGCGGGGUGUGCCAGGGUGAAUUUGAUAUUCGCUUGGUGCAAAGGCAUUUGGACCUGGGUGGACCUGGACUCGACUUGGGACCCCUGCCUCUGCCUGCCCUACCCUCCUCCCGCUUUUGCUCGGCCCAAGGGUCACCCACCCACACGCCCCCUUCUCCUCUUUCUCAACCCACACCCCCCAACCACCCUUCCCACAGCCACUCCCUCCCGCCCCGGGUUGUGUGCCCCAUUGUCUGUCAAAGCAGGUACCUAUCGUUGGAGGGACAGAUACAAAUGUCAACACUACCCCCCCAGAUUCAAGACAACCUCACCAAGACACCACAAGUCAACACAAUGGCCACCGGACAAGCAACAAAGACAAAGUCGGCCAAGGCCGCUGCCGCCAAUGCCACAUCUAAGCAAAAGAGCCAGAUGCACCGCCGGUCAAGAACGGGCUGCUACACAUGCAGGCUCCGGAGGAAGAAGUGCGAUGAGGGCCAGCCCAUGUGCACAGCAUGCAAGCACCUGGGUCUGAGCUGCGAGUACAAGCGCCCCAUGUGGUGGAGCAACAACGAUGCCAGGAGGCGGCACAAGGACGACAUCAAGAUGAUUAUCAAGAAGAAGAAGCUCUCCGAGAAGGGCUCCCACAACGUCCAGAGCUCCAUGAGCUCGCCACCUGGCCUCUCGCACUCGCUUCCCACGUCGGCAACCUUCUCCGACCCUCUCGAUCGGACAAGGUCGGCCUCCAUCGACUCCCACUUCCCCUUCAACUUCAACAGCCCGCCCACAACCUCCGAGUAUGGCUCUUUCACCCCUCAGAUGCACCCGGACUUCAUGUUCACUGGCGCCUUCUCGCCCUACGAGAUCGACGUCAAGACGGAGAGGCAGAUGUUUGUCAACGACGUUCCCACCCUCCGGGAGUCGACCACCUCCACCUUCAGCACCUUCCACACUCCGCCGCCUCCGGGCUCUACCCUGCCGUCCUUCCCUCUGGAAGGCGAAUGGACCGAGCAGGUGUGCUCGGAGCGGCGCGAGUCCUUCACCGAGGAGACCCUGAACCUGAACUUCUUCGACUUUGCCCAUGGCCCUCCGAUGCCCUCGAGGCAGGUGGCCAUUGAGCUGGACGAGGGCGACCAGCGCCUGCUGGACCACUUCAUCCAGCACGUGCUGCCGACAAUCUUCCCCAUCCUCGAGUCCAACCAGCACGGCUCCGUCACCUCGGACCUGAUCCUGCCGGCGCUCCAGAGCAACAAGGGCUACCUGCACUGCUGCCUGAGCAUCGCCGCCCAGCACCUCAAGACGUCCGACGUUCCCCAGUACGACGAGGUGGACGCCGACAUCAUGCGCCAUCGCUACUCCACCAUCUCGGCGCUCUGCGACGCCCUGGCCCGCGACGAGAACCACCAGCAGAUCCUCGAGGCCGCCCUGGGCCUCAUCUUCUUCCAGUGCUGCGUCGGCCGCUUCGACGACGCCCUGCCCGACGUGGCAUGGCACCAGCACUUCCAGGCCGCCGUGUCGCUGGUGCAGAAGCUGGACCUGCCGCGCAUCGUCUCGGACCCCACCGAGCAGUCGUCGGCCACGCCCUUCAACAUGACGCUCACGUCCUGGAUCGACAUCCUGGGCGCGACCAUCCUGGGCCGCGCGCCGACGUUUGCGCACACGUACCGCGAGAAGCACCUGUCGCUCACCAACUCGUCGCUCGGCCUGCGCGAGCUCAUGGGCUGCGAGGACCGCGUCAUGUACCUCAUCUCGGAGAUCGCCUGCCUCGAGGCGCUCAAGAACGACGGCAUGGACGACAUCACGCUGUGCCAGCACGUGCACGUCCUGGGCGACCAGAUCGGCCUCACCGAGGUGGGCGAGCAGCCGCCCAAGAUCCCCUUCAACGCCAACGGCACCCUCAGCCCCAAGCAGCUCAGCAAGAACAUGACGGCCGCCUUCCGCCUGGCCGCGCGCAUCUACCUCUGCAGCCUCGUGCCCGGCUUCAGCCCGGCCCAGGCCAGCUGCGUCGGCCUCGUCGACAAGCUCACCACGGUGCUGCAGCACAUCCCCUCGGGCCCCCACGGCUUCGACCGCUCGCUCGUCUGGGUCUACCUCGUCGGCGGCGGCGUCAGCCAGCCCGGCUCGUCCUUGCGCGCCUUCUUCGAGGACCGCAUCGCCCAGCUCGGCGACCGCGCCGUCCUGGGGUCCCUUGGCCGCGUCGUCUCGCUCCUGCGCGAGACCUGGCUCGAGGGCGACAGGCUUGCCCACCAGUCGCAGUCGUGCACCCCCACCAGCGCCUCCUCCGACUGCGGCUCCGCCGGCGUCGCCUACAUCCACUGGCGCGACGUGAUGCAGAUGAAGGGUUGGGACUACCUUCUCAUCUAGCUCGAACCAUCUCUUUUUUCUUUUUCUUUUUUCUAUCUCUCCUCUCUCUCUUCCUUCUCUUGGCGAUACAGGAAAUUGCCCCCUUUCAUUUUUUUUCUCUCUCAGCGAAGAUUUUUACCUUGAGCAAAAAGGUAGAGGAUGCCGCGAGGCAUGAACAUUUCGGGGACGACACUUGGACUCGGGAAACCUGAUCCCAAAUGACCCUGGAGACUUCGGACACCUCCAGGGUCGAACGGCGCCGGCGCGAAUGUCGUGGAUCGACGGCGGCGAGGCGGUGGGAAGCCAUCGGCGGGAUGGCUUUCGGACUUGAUGAUGAAUGACCUUUUCUUCUUUCUUUUCCCCUUUCCCCCCCCC